CUCCAAUAGAGUUUUACUUCUGAUGGAUAUCGGGCCUGGUAGACCCGACUCCAGGCCCAAAUGAAGGCCCAUAAUAGCCCAAAAGGUAUUAGGACAGGUGGGGAUAACGGGCCGAGCCCGUUAUCGCGCGUAUGGCAAGUAAAGGAAGACGGCCCAGACAUGGGAAAGAUCGAGGCUCUUCUAGGUCCAUCCGGUACCCGGGAUAUCCCUGCCGGGCAACCCCGCCAGGUCCUACGUACUGCGAGUUCUCCUAUAUCCUCCAGGAGCUCCAUGAUCCGGAGGAGGUAGAAAGGGAAAGGCGAGCCAUUGACAGACGCCGGGAGGAGGAAUUGGCCCGGAAUAGCAAGGCCAGCCAGGUGGCAUCUUCCAAUCGCGAACCCCGGCAGCGAAAUGGCCGUGGCGCGAGCCAAGUGCUGGUCCGGUCAUUAAGGAAUCUAGAGGAGGACGAGGUCCAAAGCCAAGCCAGGAUCCCAGCACCACGGCGUCUGGGACCGCCGGUGCCGGAAGCUUGUGAAUUCCAAGAUCUGAGGCAGCAGAUCCAGGAGAUGCAGAGGAAGAUAAACAAGGGUCGAGUAUUCACCACCCGUACGAAUAUUCCCUUAGCCCCGGAGAACUUUGCGGAACCAUAUCCGCAGGGGUUCAAAAUGCUGUUUGUUAAGCAUUAUGAUGGGGAGUCAGACCCCCAGGAACACAUAAACAGUUAUGUCCAAGUGAUGAUCGCUGUAGAUGCCAGUGACGCACUCAUGUGCUGGUGCUUCUUGCAGACCGUUGAUAGCAAGGUCGCGGAUUGGGUCAACCAUAUCCCUGCCGGAUCGAUUCGGACAUGGGAUGAAUUGGGACUGCGGUUCCUAGAGCAUUUUGCUGGGAAUUGCCGUCCAAAAAAGCAUUUCACUCACUUGGCUUCAGUACGACAGAAGCAUGGAGAAUCCUUGAAGAAUUUCCUUAUCCGAUGGAGGAAAGAGUCCAGAGAGGUUGAAGGAACCGAUGAUAAAUCCAGGUUGGCUAUGUUCACGGCGGCAUUACAGGAUGGACUCCUUCAUACCGAUCUUACCACUCAUCCCCCGGAUACCUUCGAAGAAGUGAUGGUCCGGGCGGGGAGGUAUGUGACCCUGGAAGAAAGAAAGGAAGAGAAGAAAGAGAAAACUCCUAAAGAAGAAGAGAAGACGGGGAAUAAGAAGCCGUUUAAGAAUAAGAAGCAGGGCUUCCCGGAUGGCCCAAAGGGCGCAAGUCUUGGGACCUCGGAGAAGCAUAAAUCUGCCAACCCGGUCUUCACAUUGCCAGUGGCUGAGGUCAUGGCCCAUGAUGCACAGCAGGGACUCAUGACUUACCCAACCUAUUCUCAGAAGGUCUGCAAUGUGGAAGACACUGGAAAAUGGUGUGCCUACCAUCGCAAGAAUGAUCACAACACGGAAGAUUGCUAUACUCUGAAGAAUGAGAUGGCAAGGCUAAUCCGCCGGGGUCAUCUAAAGAAAUUCGUACAAGAUGGCGAUGCAGGAAAUCCCGGGAAUGCUCAGAACGGAAAACGCAGAGAUAAAGAAGUGGCCCAGGCUGAGGCCCGGGAGAAACGCCACAUCAGGCUUAAAGACGAAGAGGAGGAUUCGGAACCCCCACCGCAUCACCAGAAGAGACACCACGGGUGUAACUUCAUCAUUGGAGGGAAUAUUGGCGGGGACUCAGCCACGAGCCGGAAGAAAUGGGCUAACGCGGCGAUGGUCAACAAGGUGCUGGUCCCAGAAGGUAAGAAGCUGAAAGCCGAGCCAAUUGUAUUUUCUAAUGCUGAUCUUCCAGAGACAGGGGUCCCUCAUAGGGACGCCCUAGUAAUUACUAUUGAUAUAAUGGAUACGUACAAGGCUCUUGGUUUGUCAAGAGAUGAAUUAUCACCCAUCAAGACUUCACUAACCGGGUUCACUGGUGACUCUAUUGAACCGGAGGGGGUAAUAACCCUCCCGGUUGAGAUAGGGGUUACUAAGGCUACCCGAAAGCUGGACAUGGAGUUUGUCGUGGUGGGGAUAAUCUCCAACACAAACAUUAUCUUGGGCAGACCCGGAUUGGAAGAUUUGGAGUGUGUCAUCUCACCUCGUCACCUGUGCAUAAAAUUCCCAACCCCCCAUGGAGUUGGAAUUGCCAGGGGAUCGCCGAGAGUGUCCCGGGCAUGGUAUUUGAAGGCAACCAAACAGCCGGUCAAGUACGAUACCCAAGUGGGAGAAGUGAAUGCGCAACUCCUGAGGGCUGAGGAAAAACGUCCCAUAGUAGAGGUGGCUGGCGACAUUGAAGAAGUGCAAUUGGAGCCAGGCACGCCGGGAAGUGAAGGAGAAACGAAGGCAUUUAUCGCAGGAAAGAAGAGAUUUCGUGAAGAAGUAGGUAGCAACCCUGCAGAGUAUUGGGCAUAUCCGGGAGACUGUGCCAUAAGUACUGUGAUCGUAAGGGAGGAGCGUGGGGCCCAACAUCCGGUCUACUACGUCAACAAGACCCUGAGAGAUGCAGAGUUAAGUCCGGCGGCAUCAGCCCGGAUGACCAAGUGGCCAGUGUUCAUCAGUCAGUAUAACGUGGAGUUCAGGCCGCGCCCAUCCAUCAAGGGGCAAGCACUCGCUGACUUUCAAGUUGAGUGCACCGCAAGGGAAAUGACAAGAGCCCAGGUUGAAACCCGGGUGGAAAAGGAAUGGUGGAUAAUGAGAAAGAGGCCCGAGUUUGCAAUUCGCGAUGACGGAGUCUUGUACUAUCGUGAACGCCUAGUGGUGCCCCGCGGUGAAGUGAUCAGACAGAUGAACCUAGAGCCGAUCCCAGAGGGCAUUGAGGAGGAGAUGUACGAUGGCGUGGCUGUCUCUUUAAUCUGUUGAUUAUGCUUUAUUUAAUUAACUUUAAUGCUUAUUACGUUUUCGGGCAAGAUCCCAAGUUGUUUGACUUUAAAAAGGCUUCCGCAUUAUUUUAAAUUACUCCGAUGGAUUUUCAUAUGUAUUG